AUGACAAACCGCCGCCUCCUCAUCUUCCAAGAAACCCCCCUCCAGGGCCACGCCCACCAAUUAUCCCCCUCAGCAAAUCCCCUAACACCCGGCCCAGCAGGAUCGCCAGGCGCCCUUCAGCCAUCACAACAACAAUAUCAGUACACGCCCGUCAACAAACUCGGUCUUCCGAUCCACGGUCCGGGCUCGUUACCUGAUGGGUUGGGGUUACCGAGUUUACUGAGUUUACCGCUUCGAGUACUGAAUGCGUUUACGGAGAUCUUUAAUGCGCCAAGAUAUAAGGGGUGGGCCGUCGUAGCAGCAGGACCGUAUAACGAUCCGACGCUGGGGACGGGCAAGUUCUAUGCUGUUGUAUUGGAGCAGGUUGACAAGAAUGAGUCUGGGUCGGGGAUGGGGUAG